UACCGCUGUCUUUGCUUCACUGCAUCAAUCAACUGUCACUCAAAUAAUAAACAUGCUAAGCAUGGAUCAAUCUAAAGAAUAUUAUUUGUAGAAUAAACUAAAAAGCUACCGUAUUAUUGAUGAUGGACCAUUUCGCAGAAGAUUACAGAGCUGCAGCCAAAGCUCUUCUUGAGGAGUUGAAGCAUGCAUUGGAGGCUAAGCCUAUUAAUAUCAAUCUGCUCAUGCAAACGAUGGCUGAAAUAUGCAAAAAACAUAUAUUAGCAAAUAGAGAUUCUGCAUUGACGAGACUAAAUGAUCGCAAAGAGUAUGAAGAAUUCGUGAAUAAGUUUAUGCAAAUUAUCUUAAACAUCUUGUUUAAAACAGAUCCUUGUUUUAGAGCAGAAAGCCCUGAACAGCUUCUGCGUAGAUCAGCAUUGGAACUUAUAUUUUUUAUUGGAGUUCAUGAAUUGGCAGUUUUAAGGCACGUUCUUGUCCAGGACUUAUUUAACUCAAUAAUAAGAAUUUUUGAAAGGGAUAAUGAAGAAAAUUGUUUACUGGCUUUCAAAAUACUCAUAAAAUUAUUUGAGUAUGUCAACAUAACUGAAUCACCUCAUAUAAGGUGUAUUGUAUUAAAUAAGGUUCAAGAAUUGUAUAGCAAAAUCUUUCCAUGUUAUGAGACAAUUGGUAUCCAUAUGUUUUUAGAAGAAUUUCGUAUGAGUCAUUCAUGUGAGGAAGAGCAACUGCUUGAAAAUUUGUACUCACCUAUAAUUACCUUUGGCGCAGAUAAGAAAAAGAUUAAGAUUUUACCACGAGCAUCAAAAUCCUUACAAGUACUUGCGGAAGCUCCACUAAUACUUAAUCAUAUUUUUGAAAUAUGGUCUAUUCAUUAUAGCUUAGGAUUAAUUCUCCAAGUCGCCAACAAUUCAAAUACUACCUUUAUGAGGAUUAUUAAUGGAACAUGUGACGAGAGUGAAAGAAAAAGUCCCACAUUUCGUCAAGAUACAUAUUUUGUGUAUUUGAAACUUCAGAUCAAUCUCUUGGAGUCUUUUGUGUUGCUUCAUUUACCACUUAAAAAAAUCAACAGUCCUGAAAAAAUGAAGUGUUUAUUUAAAUGUUCUCAAAUACUCCUAAAAGAAUGUCCACCCAGUGCAGUUUUUCUUCGAAAGAAGCUCAUUAAAAUUUUGUAUGUAAUCCUCCACAUAAAAGUAGAGUAUAAUGGAAUAGAACAAGAUAUCAAGACUGCCUAUAAUGGAUUUGAAGUACAUUUUUUAAUUGAUAAUUUACUUUGGAGCCAAGGCCCUCCACCAGAUGAUGAUGUGAGAGCAUGUUUUUAUGCUUUGCUGUUGGACCUUUUUGACGCCAAGUACCAAUCAUUUGGCCGAGAAACAAUAAUAAAAUUUACAAACUAUUUUUUACCGGUUUUGUAUGAUUCAACUAUUCCAAUAACGAUUCACAGUUCAAUAUGUUUGGUCUUGCUGAAGUUUACAACACGCCUGGAAGUGGAUAUCUUUCCGAUGGAAUUGAUAGAAAUUCUCCAAGCUUUCAAUGUGCGUUUGAAUUCAUUUGUAAAACUCGAUUUGCCCUUUAUUCAGAGAAAACUCAAGGAAUGUAAAACUUUUUUUGACCGUGAAGAUUAUUGCGACCCUGAGUUUUCUUUCAGUCAUCGCCAUCUACCGAAUCCAUCAUCAGUUUUUAUUUCCAAUUUUAAAAAGUUAACUAAUAAGAAAACCUUUGAUGAAUCCAAAAAUACCUUCAUUAUUGAAGACUGCAAGGAUUUAAUCAUAGCUAUUCUGGAUGGUGCAUAUGCAGUUUCUAAAAGAUUUCAAUCAACUAACCAAGAACUUUUGGAUGCCAUAGAACCGUUUUCUGAUUUUCUUAAAUAUUCUGUGCAAGCAUUGGAUAUAUUUAAUAUACCAAACAAAUCUAACAUUCCUGAAAAUGUUACUAGAAGAAAGUAUCAGUCAUCACUACGAAUUAUUGGUAACACUUUCUUGGGUCUUCAAGGAACAGAUUGCGAAAAACUCUUCUGUCAAAAAAUCUUCUCAGCUAACUUCAGUGUUUUGCUUGAUAUACUGAAACAGGAACCAUCAUUUAAGGCAUUUUUGGAACUUUUCUUAAAUCCUACUUCUUCAAACUGGUUCAUUGAACUAUUUUUCAAUUUUAUUCUACAGCACUUGGAAGAAUUUGAUGACAAGCAGAACAGCCCUAUCUUACGUAAUGUACUUCAUGAUGUUGUGACUUCCAUUGUGCUAUUUGAGUUGAAAGAAAUUCUUGAAGUUUUCCUUUUGCGUAUAGUUAAAAAGUGUUUGGAAUUGGCACCAACUGCAAAAGAGCCCUGUAAUUUCUUGAACGUGAUUGGAAAAAUGCUCUUACCUGUCAGACCUGAUUUUGUUUUUCUACAUUCCAGCUAUUUAUCAAUCAUUCAAACUCUGCACUUUUGGUACAACUCAGCGACCAGUCCUGAAUUCUCGGCUCUUGCUUUAAAACUAAACCUUACAAUUUUACAUAAUUGCAACGUACUGUGGUUGGAAUCUAAUAUAUCACUAGUGCUGACACUAAUUAUUGAAGUCCUGAAUAAAAAUUUUCCGGAUCUUACUUCUGAAGCUUGCAGGAUUCUUGAGAAAUUUCCUAAAAGUACUAUGGAUAGUAUAUUGCCACCUAUCAAACUGGAAAUAGCAAACUGCUUGCAGCAGGUUUUGGCAUGUGAGACAGGUGAUAAUGCUAAAGCUGCGUAUAAUUUAUUAAUCAAGUACUUCAGCUCUGAGCGUAUUACAAGUCAGCUUAAGUAUGAAUCUUUAACAUCUUCACUUGCUUUGAAACUCAAUUUAAAAGAUAAUUAUGCUGUACCAUUGCAUAUAGACAAAAUAAUGAAGUCUGUAUUCCAUACUGUUCGAAAAAAACGUACACAUCUAAAAGAGGGCUUAAAGAUUAUAAAAUAUUACAUAGCUAAGGGUUUUGAUAAAAAUUAUAUUGAUUUGUUAAAUGAUUUAUCGUCUAAUUUGAGUUUGAAUUUACCUAGUGAAAGCUUGGAAAUUUUUUUCCCUGGGUAUGAUGCCAAGAAGGGUAUGAUGUCGGAUACCCAUAUAUUUGUAUUAAUGGCAAUUUUAGCUAUAGAAUCAUUCAACCUUGAUGAUCAAGAUGUAGGUGGCACGAAUUUUGAGCAAUGCAUAAUGCAUUACACAAUUCAUGGUCUCCAUGGAGAAUUUUCUCUUACUUCAGACAAAAAGGAAAUAGAUGUCUUUAGUAUUGUGGAUGCCAUUAGCAGUUUUAUUUGCUCACUUUCUGGUUCUGUUACUCAAAUUACAAGAUGUAUCGAAAAAAGUCUUAAAGCUUUAGAAAUAUUUGUGAAAACUUCUGAAACAAUCAUGGGAAGCAAGAUAUGGGAGCUCUCUCUUUUUGAGCAGAUCUGGAAAAAGUUGUGCUGCUUACUAAGCUAUGAAGAAAAAUGGCAUGUACAAAUUUUUAUAUGCAGAGCAAUGGAAAUUUUUAUCAAUAAAUGUCCAACAGAUUGGAAAUGUAAGCAUCUUGCUGACUUCAUUAAGUAUUCAUUGCACUUAAUGGAAAUUGCAACUCUUGAGUACUCACUGAAUUAUGCUGUUUGUAUUUUUGUUAAGAAUUGUCUGCCACUUACUUUUUCAGUGAUCAAAGAAAACCCUGAAAAUCUUUUGAAUCCAAUUUUAGAAAUAUCUGUAACAUACAUAUUUUCUGUUAGUGAAACAAUCAGGAAUCAGGCUCAAAAGUUAUUUAACUUUUUGAGGGAAAUAGAUUCGGAAUUAUUAGGACCUGAUCGCCCUCAAUUCCAAUUUGUUUUAGACCACUUGAAAAGAAAUGUAGAAAGCCUGAAAUUGGUAUCAUUCAAAUUUAAACUUGCCAUCCUGGAUGGGUUCCUGUUUUUUCUAGACUUUUAUCCUGCAUUCUUAGAAAUCAUAAAUGUGAAAAACAUAAUCAACUCUUGUAAUGAUGUGCUAGAUGAAUGUGCUGCAGUUUCGAAAAUUUCUAAGGAUCAGACAAACUUUUGUGAAAAAGCAUUUAAACUUCUAUUUUUUUGGCAUAAAGAAAGAGCAGCUGUGGAACUUUUAAAUAAAGCAUUCCAACAUAGUUCAUCUGAAUUGAAUUCUAUCGCUUUAACAUGCAGCUUUCUUGUGAAGGAUAUGUUGCCCAUCUAUAAUUGGCUUAUGGAAUGUAAAAAACAAGUUAAAGAGUUUCAGCAACUUGCAAAUAGAAUUAGAAAUAUGGCAGAAAAUGAAGGAGAAGAUGACUGUCUUUAUAUUCAUCAAGUUUUUUGCCUUCUGAAGCAUAUUCGCCAUAUGUUCUGCCUUUUUAUUUUACUCAAAGAUAAUCUUCAACCAGAAGAUCAGAGCAUUUAUUCAUUUUAUUUGAAUUUUGUUUUAAGCUGUUUGCGCAGGCCUACAGAUUUCUCACUGGAAUUAAAAUGGCAAAGAAUUUUUAAGGAUGCAUUUUUUCCGGAUUAUGGUAUUAAAAAUGUGUUUUGGGAUAUCCUGUGCCCUGUGUUCAAGUUUUACCCAGAAAGAAUAGUAAAUAGUUUUGUUUUUGAAUUUCUAAGAGCAAAUAAUGAAGAGAAAAAACUUCUUUCGUCAUUUUUCAUGGAAUAUCUACUUCAAGAAAAGUGGGGUCAGUAUUUGCAUGCUACAAUAUUGAAUAAUGAUUCAUUCAUUCAUGAUUGGCAAUUGUCAAAAAUUUUACAUCCUGCAGGAGAGCAACAUUUUAAUUAUAAGUAUGCUUUCCUUAACUGGAUGCUGUAUGAUUGGUCGAAAACACGAGAAAGUAUUAUGUGUGAAGACGUUCCAAGUCGGAUAUAUCCUGUUCCUAAUGAGCUAACUUAUUUUGCUGUUGAGUUGAUUCAUCAUCUUCAAAAGUAUGAUAAAGAUUUACUUCAAGAAAAAUCUAUUGUUUUCGCAUUGCAAAUGAUUUGGAGGAUCUUGGAAAAGAAAGACAAACUUUUUCCUCCAAUGAUACACAGUUUUCCAAGAUUGAAAGAGCAUAUAAAACUUGCCAAGCUUCUUGUGGAAAUAUACAAAUUUUCCAAUGAAACCGAAUUACUCUUUGAACUUCUAAAAGCACCAGUUGAACGAUUCCCUGAACAUUUUCAGUUUCUGACAGAUUUUUUUAGAGAUGAAGUUAUAGAAAAAAAAUCGGACCUCUGGAAGAAAGAGACUCUUAUAAAAUUUGUUAUUUAUCAUGAAAAGAAACAAUACUCUUCACAUUUAGAAAUAAAAGUAUUAGAAUAUUUAAUAAUACCUUCAUUUCUAUUUAAAUUGAAAAAAUUUGAUUUUACAAUAUUAAAACAUGGGACAAACAAAGACAUUGAUGCAAAAUUUGAACUAGCAAUUAUGCUAUGCUUUGAAGAAAUCACAAAACGGGACACUGAGAUAAUGAAACCUUUAUUACAACUUUCUUGUCUUCUGCUAGAGUGUGCCCGUCAUUACAUUUCUGAAGAUCUCAGGGGAAAAUUCAAGUUAUUUGCAAAACUUUAUAUAUGGCAUUCUGAUUUUAGACAACACCCUAUUGACCCUUUAUUGAGCUCCUACUGGGAUAUGUUUUCCCUGUAUUUCCAAAAACUUUUGGGAGCAAAAUUUACUCCAGAUGUGUGGUCUAAGAUCCUAGAGAAUGCUCUUUCUUUCUAUACUCCUAAUGUAAGGGAAGUCAGUUCUUUCACUCUUGAUAUGUUAGUCUCAAGUAUGAGUAUAGAAAAAAAAGGCGCUUUUUACUGUGCCCACUCGACAAGUGUAUUCCUUGAAGAUUUCCUUUGUCAAUUUAAAAAGGAAAAGAGUGAUCCAAAAUGGCUUUAUCAUGUUGAGCAUAUCUUGCACGUUGUGGUUAGCAACUCUGAAACAUUUGUUUUAAAUCCUGUCUUGUUGCGCAUAUUGCUUGAUAUAUUAAAAGAAAUGGAAGACAUUGAUCACUUGAAAUACAUCUGUGAAAUUUUUGGACCGAUCUUGGAUUAUGCCAUUGCAAAUAUAGAUUAUAAACAAUUUACCUCUGGAAAUAUUUUAUCAAUAAGGGUAAUAGCUUCUUCAGUUUUCACAGUGUUUUGUCAUUUAGUAUUGUCACUGAAUAAGUCCCAUGCUGGAGAGAAAUGGUCCAGAAAAAUUCUUGAUUUGAGCAAAAAGAUGCAUGACUUGGAUGAACUUCAAUUAUUAUUUCCUGAUCAGAAAACGAGUUCAUUGUUGAGGAACAGGAUUUUGAAAUAUCUGAGGCAAUUGAAUGUUAAUUUCAGCACCAAUUUCUUACUAUAUAUUGUAGAAAAGAACAUGAGGACUAUUUUUAAAUUUAAAUUUGCGUCUUUAUUGCAUGGGCUUGCUCAACCUGGUGUGAUAUCAGUAGUAUUGAAGGAGAUUCCAAACCAAAAUCAAGUUCAGCAAUCUACUUGGGUGAAAGUUUUCAAAAAUUUUGAGGAUUUUCUAAAAAUAAAUAUUUGGAAUCCUGAAAAAAAUGUGCCUUAUAAUCGAAUUCCCGAAUUCGAAGUUCAAGCAGAUGCAGUUUUUAGAGUGUAUGCACAAGAAUUAAAAAAGGUUCUCGAAGAAAUCGUAGGUUUUGUAAAUAAAAUGUUCCAGAACAUUGCACUACAGUCUGCUAAUUUUUCUCCAUCUACAGCUCAAGAUUUUAAAGAGGGUAUAACUUCAUAUAUAAAUACGAACUUGAUACGAACUUUACUGGAAACAGAAAAAGAAUUGGAUUUAAAUCAAUAUUCACAAGUUGGCCCAGAUCAGCGUAUUUCAUAUCUAUAUAUAUGGCAUUCUGACCUUCAAAUCAUUGUGUGGGGAGUCUUGAAACCUAUCUGUAUUAGUUUUCCAGAACUCUACCAAUCAAGCCAUUUAAUUGAACUUAUACAAAAAGUGUGUCGAGACGCUUUGAAAGAGAUACCAGAAACAGACAGAUAUACUGCUGAAGAAGCAAAACUUGUUAUUGCUCUAGAGAUUUUUGAAUCUGGUUUUUUAAAAAUACCUGAUAAUGGAGAGAUGAAAAACCUGAUUACCAAAUUGGCUGAAGUAAAAAAGACUAAAGAAGUAUUCUUAACUAUUUUAAAUAUAGUUAAAAAAUGGUUUGCUAAAGAUGUAUUAUAUGAUGAUUGUAUGAAAAAUGAUCUUCUUCAUCUUAUUAAGAUAUUGUGUGAGAGAAUCCCUGAGUUUGUAACUGUCGACAUAGUGCGUGAUGAGCAUUUUAAACUAAUCGAAUUAAUUUACAGGUAUUUCAAAACUGAAUAUAAAUAUGGUCUUUCUUCAUUUGAUCCUACAUGUGUUCUUCAUUCUUAUACACUUGUAGUUCAGACAAGAUUCAUACAAUUCCAUCAGUUUAUGACUUUGGAUGAUGUUUUGAAUCACUUGGCCUGUCUUGAAUUGUGGACUUAUAAUUUUUUUUCUCUACCAAGUUGUUUUGAAUUGACAACAUAUGCAGUCUUAGAAAGGCCUAUAAAAAAUGCAAGUUCUGAUCAUGAUAUAAACACAUGGUCUACUGAAAAAGAACUUGAUAUUAUCCUGAGAGACUUAAAAUCUUUCAAAAAAGAUUUGAGCAACAUCGAUUUCUCUUCAUUUUGUGAUGCUAUUCUAAAAUUAAGUAUAACAGAUAAAAAUCUUAUGAAAGAUGUAUGGAACAAAUUAUUUCCUGAACUAUGGGCUGUUUCACUACAAGACAAUUUAGAAAAAGAGUCAUUAGCAAAGAAAUAUGAGGCAUUCAUUAAAGAAAUUUUCAUCAAUGAAAAAACUGACACAGGCAAAGGCAUGGAUGCUUUUGCUAAUGCCUUCCUGAGCUGUCAUAGUGUUCCUGCAUUUAGCCAUUCGUUUUUGAAGUCUGCUGGAAAGUUUCCUGAUUUGCUAAAGAAGAUUUAUUUAAAAUUAGAAGAUUUUGUUUUGGAAAAUAAUUCGGCAGAUAUUUUUCCAAAUUAUGAAACUUAUUUGCGAUUGCUCUUGAAAGCCUACUUUGAUAUGGAAGAUCAAGACCAUCUUAUUGGUUUUCAACACCAAUAUUCAAAAUGCCCUGCAUUGCAUACCGGCAUGUUAUAUCAUAGUCUAGGGGACUUACGUGAAGGACUGGAUGAAUACCAAGUUGCUCGGGAAAGAUUGCUUGAAAUGAAGAAAACUGAAUUUAUCAGAGGUGAAGAUGAAGUCCUGCAAUCAUAUAGAGAAAAAUGUAGGAAAGUUUUAGAAAGUUGGAAUAAAUUAGAAAAAGGAGAUGAAGUAAAGGAAAUUUUACCUGAAAAUGAGGUUUUGAAAAAAUGCAAGUAUUUGCACAAGAUAUUUCAAGAAAAUAUCUUACCACUCACUGAUAUUUCUACAAGAAUAACUGAGUUGUCAGAUUGUUGUAGAGCAGAAGUGAAAUAUUUGUCUCCCUGCCUUUUUACUCCAAACCACUUACCUUUAUUGCAAGUUGGAAAAUAUAUUGAUGAAUUUGAGAAAGCUUACACUCUUCAAGAAAAUAUACAAGGAAAUGUCGCAGAUUUUGAUUUCCCUAAAAUAGGAAAUAUUUUUCAGUCAUGGAUGAAUAACAUGCCAUCUGUCAAGGAGGAUCUAUGCUUUUGGGUAGACAUUAUUGUUCACCGGGUGAAACGAAUUGAACUUUUUCAAUCUUUUGUACUACACAAGCUUUCUCUGGAAGGUGAUCGUUUGCAGAAAAUGGAAAAUGUAUUAGAAUUGACACAUGACUUUUGCUUCAAAUCUUUGGCUAAAGCAUUUUAUGCUCAUGGGCUUCCAGAUUUAUCAUUAAAAUCAUUGCAAAACUGUAAAAAUACCAAAAUGGAUGAUGAAUUUAUGGAGUUGUAUGUAGAAUCUCAUUUAUUACAAAUGAAAUUAUGUAAAGACGAUCUAAAAAGGAAAGAAAAUCUUCAAAAGAAAGCUCUGAUCUUCUUAAAAAAAUUCCCUAAUAUUAAAAGUGAACAAUCAGUCGCCAUGUUGAAUGUAUAUCAAGGUUUAUUGCUCAAAGAAUCACUGCAAAUGGAUGAAAGAUGCAUAUUUCACGAAUAUGGGAAAACAGUAACAGAAAUGUUUUUAAUUUCAAGUCAAAAGUUGACUGAUUGGUCUAAAGGUUGGCUUUACUGUGGAAAUUUCUUUCAAGAAAUGUUUCUUUCAAGGAAGUAUAGCGAGUAUUAUAAAUUUGCUCUGAGAUCCUUCAGCAAGUCAUGCAAGUAUAGUGGUAACACAAAAUCCAUAGAACCACUUGCAAAGAUAAUAGGGCUGCUUUCCUCCUCUGAUGUUCCAUUAAACUAUCGAAAUGAUGUAAUUGAAGAUUUUAUACAAAUACCAUUAUCAUAUUUUAUUCCAUGGAUACCACAACUACUUGCAGGAAUUUUAAAUACUGCAGAUUGCCACCUUGAAUAUAUUCUACUUAAAAUUGGUUUCAAACAUCCUGAAUCUCUAUACUUUCUGUUGCAUUCAGCUAUGAAUGAGAUAAAUUCAAUGCCAGUUCACAUGUUUGAAUCCAAAGAGCACCUGAAUUACCACCCCUAUGUGAAGCUUAUGAAUAAUAUAAAAACUUCUCAUCCAAUGUUAAUUUCCACUUUAGAGAAAAUUGAAAAUGAGCUCAUUCUGCUCAGCAAAAAAGCUACUCCCAAUAUACUUGGUGUACUGAGAAGAAUAGAAUUAAAAAUCUGUGAUAUAUUUUUUAUGUGUGCUACAAAACAAAUUGAUGCCAAUUCCAUUGAUAAAAGAAUACAGAAUAUUUUUAUUGAAUCAUAUAAUUCUUUAGAAACUGAAAGUGAUCCUGAAUUGAGAAUGGCAUUAAGCAAUUUACUAAAACCAAGUGAAUGGAAAUUGGAAAAUAUCAAGUGCAAUCUUUCUGAAUGCAUUAAAUUAUACACAGUUAAAAAGAAAAUGAGCAAAAGAUCAUUUGUACUCGAUCCAUUUUCAUAUCUUUCAUCCUUUCGCCCUGAUCAAUUUGACGUCUUUGUAAAUUCAUCUGUAAAGUUUCAGAACAAGCCUUCUAUCUUUACUUCCCGAGUAUUACCAAGAAUAGAUAUCAUUGAAAGACAUGGUGAAUCUGCAUGUCGAAUACAUGUAAAAAGAACAAAUGGAAAGGUUUAUCCGUAUGUCAUUCUGCCUAUGAACUCCAUGGAGACAUUUAUGAAAGAAAAUAAAGUUUUCCAGUUGCUUUCAUUUCUCAAUGACUUUCUGCAGGAGGAUCCAAAAACCUAUGAGAGAUCAUUAAAGUUUAGUGUACCUACAAUGAUACCAAUACUUUCUCAAAUUAAAAUUGUGGAGGAUGAUGAUACCUCGAUCUCUUUGUAUAACAUUUUUGAAGAGAACUAUGCACGUCAUGUGAAAGAAAUAAACAACAUUACGCCUUUGCUUACUUUGUAUUAUAAUCUCUGUAAAAUACCAUUAUCUUUGGAUAAUCGUCUCAUCCUAAAGUCAGCUAAACAAUUGUUUUGUCAUCUUCAAAAUAGUAUGGUUCCAAAAACAGUAUUAAAAAGAAAAUUUAAGGAAAAAACUCCAUUUGAGUACAAUGAAUUUAGAAAAAGAUUUUCCCGGGAAAUAUCUCUGCAUUAUUUUGCUCAACAUGUAUUCUGUUUGAAUCAACAAGUCCCUGAAAAAUUUUAUAUUCAUCAAGAUGUUGGAAAGAUUACCAACUUUGGAUGCGUUAUUGAUUAUUCCAGUGAACUGUCUACUAAAAGAGCACCACUCCGAAUUACCCCUAAUAUUUCAACAUUUAUAACACCCGUAGGAUUAAAUGGAUACGUAAAACUUGCUAUGUGUGCAACAGCUCGCUGUUUGUACAGCCGUAAUGAAGCAGUUGAAUCUGUACUAAAAGUUAUAUGUAUGAAUGAAAUUGCAGAUAAUUUGCAUACGGGUGGUGCAAUCAAGUCCUUUGAUCAUCAGAAGAUUAAUCUGUUUAUUGAUUCUGUCACUCGAAAAGUUGAAGAUCUGUCAAGUGAAGCUUAUGACGUUGAGUUUGAUGGUCUUAUUGCUUUAGCGGGAGCUAAUUCGACAUUAAGUUUGAUGUGUCCAUCUUUUAUUCCUUGGUUAUAAACAUUUCUUUGCAAAAACACACAUUUUUUGAAACUUUGUAAAUUACAUCAGUUUUAAUGUUUGUAUAAAUUUCCUUGAUUUUUAAUGAGAAAAAACUUUUCAUUCUUGAUGUAUUUACUUAUGAAUAAAGAAUUCAAGUUUUGUGUUAUGUUAUUAAACUGUUAGUUUCAAUUGUAACUUUUUAGAUUUAUAGAGCUGGGAAAACAGGCGUUUCAGUAUAAAAUCUGAUCAGAUACAGUAUUACAGUGAAUUUGGUUUAGAACUUUUAAGACCUAAUUCAUGGUUGCCGCACCAUUGGAGAACCGGAAAAACACAGGGAAUAUAAAAGUCAUUUAUAGAAAACAGGGCAUUUUAAGUUCCUUAGUUAUUUUUUUUUUCCCCCAUCCAAAAGCCGAUCUCUAAAGAUUGCUAGAAUAAAAGAUUGCAGUCAUAGCAUCCAAAAACGAAACCUUACCAUUCGCAAUUGUGUAAUGUGGAAACACCCCUUUUCUCUCUUCCUUUUGUUUUAUGUAUAGAUCGUUCUAGUUUCGAUUUGUGAGACAGUUGUUCUUUUUCCAUGAGAUUCCCGAAUUGCAAGUAAUGAGCAUGCGCGAGAUUUUUGCAAAUGUGCGAAUGAAUAGACUACGUUUCUCUGGCCAGCAUUCAUUAGCAACAUUCAAUCUGCAGCAGCAGUGCGGUGGUGUUUAGUCUACUAUACUUCAGUUUAUUGAAUGUUUUGUUUACUAUUUGAGAAACUGUGAGUUUAUUCAAAGUAGAUUAGAGAAUAUUUUUAAAUCAUUAAACUUCUCAAAAUCCUUAUGUAAUACGAAUUGGAUGGACAAAAAAAGUCAAUCAUAAUUUUGCUGAAUGGGUUUUAAAAGUUCCAAAAAAUCUAUUUUUGUUGUACUGCUCACUUUGUUAGAAGAUAAUAAGCCUAAGUAAAGGCUUAAUAAUAAAAUCUCGGCCUCAGGACAAGAGGAUUUUAGGUUAAUUUUCCGUUUCGGGUUGUCGCUGAAUUGGGAAAGCUACAGACAGGUUGAUUAAUAAAAUACUAGCAUAUUUGCCAAAUAAAU